GUAAAAACCAAGAGGCGGCUCGGAGAUGAGACCCAGCAGCCGGAGCUGGAGGAUGAUUGUUAACUGGAGCAUGUGAUUUCCUCUUAAAUAACACAUUUUUAAAAAAGUGUUCACGCUGCCCGUAUGGAAAGCGAUUUUGGGGUCCAGCGAAUCCAAGGAGAGGCGCACCUAAACAUCACCAAGCACAGAUUGCACCAAACCGCUUCAAGUUUGAUCCGUGUGGAGUAACAUUACUCCCCCGACACCAGUGGACUAAUGAUGGCCCUAAUGGUUCACCUGAAGACGGUCGCUCACCUCCGGGGGAGAGGUGACAGGAUCGCCAAAGUUACCUUCAGAGGUCUGCCCUUCUACAGCCGCAUAGCAGAGAACUGUGAGGAGGUGGCCAACUUUAAUGAGACAUUUCGAUGGCCCAUUGCCAGCAGGCUGGAUGGAAACGAGAUGCUCGAGAUCCAAGUGUACAACUACAGCAAAGUCUUCUCCAACAGACUGGUCGGGACUUUCUGUAUGGUGCUUCAGAAGGUGGCUGAGGAGGGACACUUGGAGCUGACCGACACACUCAUCGAUGACAACAACACAUCGAUAAAGACCAGCGUCACCAUAGAGAUCAGAUACCAGCCGAUGGACGGCACAGUGGGGAUGUGGAGCGACGGAGAGUUCCUGGAUGUUCCUGAUGACCGUGAUGGGAUGUUUGCGUUUGAAACAGACAGUUUGCUGUCAGGACAAAGCCACGGCUCGGGAACUUCUCCUGGACGAUCUCUACAGGGAUCCAUACCCACCUUCAGAAAAGCAGGGAAGGGAGUUUUCUCAGCCAUGAAGCUUGGCAAGAUCAAGAGCUCUAAAGACGACCACAAGAAAGGAGCAGAUGAGCCGGCAGUCCUGGAUAUGGAGGACCUGGACAGGAAAGCGAUGCGUCUUGCAGGAACACUGGACCCAGACACCAUCUCUUUGGCCUCGGUCACCGCCGUCACCACCAACGUCUCCAAUAAGAGGUCAAAGCCAGAUAUCAAGAUGGAGCCAAGCUCUGGAAGACCGGUGGAUUAUCAGAUCAGCAUCACGGUGAUCGAGGCCCGGCAGCUAAUAGGCCUCAACAUGGACCCCGUGGUGUGUGUGGAGAUCGGAGAUGACAAGAAGUACACGUCUAUGAAGGAGUCGACCAACUGUCCGUACUACAAUGAGUAUUUUGUGUUUGAUUUCCACGUCCCUCCUGACGUCAUGUUUGACAAGAUCAUCAAGCUCUCAGUUAUUCAUUCUAAGAAUCUUUUACGAAGUGGAACCUUGGUGGGAACCUUCAAGAUGGAUGUCGGGACUGUUUACUCUCAGCCUGAACAUCAGUUUUACCACAAGUGGGCCAUCUUGUCUGAUCCUGAUGACAUCACAGCGGGGUGCAAAGGAUACAUAAAGUGUGACAUCGCUGUGGUCGGGAAGGGUGACAACAUCAAGACCCCACACAAGGCCAACGAGACUGAUGAAGAUGAUAUAGAGGGAAACCUCCUGCUCCCAGAGGGGAUCCCAGCAGAGCGGCAGUGGGCGAGGUUUUAUGUGAAGAUCUACCGCGCUGAGGGACUUCCUAAAAUGAACACCAGCAUCAUGGCUAAUGUGAAAAAGGCCUUUAUUGGAGAGAACAGGGACCUUGUGGACCCCUACGUUCAAGUGCAGUUCGCUGGGCAGAAGGGAAAGACUUCAGUCCAGAAGAGCAGCUAUGAGCCAAUCUGGAACGAGCAGGUCAUCUUCACUGAGCUCUUCCCUCCCCUCUGCAAGAGGCUGAAGGUCCAAAUAAGAGACUCGGAUAAGGUCAACGACGUUGCUAUAGGAACCCACUUCAUCGACCUACGCAAGAUAUCAAACGAUGGUGAUAAAGGGUUCUUGCCCACGCUGGGUCCAGCCUGGGUCAACAUGUACGGUUCCACCCGUCAGUACACCCUGAUGGACGAGCACCAGGACCUGAACGAGGGACUCGGAGAAGGAGUGUCCUUCAGAGCUCGACUCCUGGUCUCCAUCGCUGUGGAGAUCCUGGACACCACUUCGCCGGAGAUCAUCAGCUCCACUGAGGUUCAGGUGGAGUCCGUGUCCAACAUCUCAGAGAGCGCCACAGGGAAAAUAGAUGAGUUCUUCCUCUUUGGUUCCUUCCUGGAAGCCACCAUGAUCGACAGGAAGAUCGGUGACAAACCGAUUAGUUUUGAAAUCACAAUAGGUAACUAUGGCAACCAGAUAGACGGAGUGAGCAAACCUUCGUUGUCAAAGAAGAAGAAGAAAGACGGGGAGAGCGAAGAAGAGGAAAGUGAGCUCAUUCAAAACUCCAGUGAGGACGAGGCAGAUGAAGACAGCGACCUUGUCUCAGUUUCCUCGACUCCUCUCAUGAAGCCCGUCAUCACCGACAGGAACUACUUCCAUCUUCCCUACUUUGAAAAGAAGCCUUGUGUCUACAUCAAGAGCUGGUGGCAGGACCAGAGGAGACGACUUUACAAUUCCAACAUGAUGGAUAAAAUUGCAGACAAGCUGGAAGAGGGUUUGAAUGAUGUCCAGGAGAUCAUUAAGACGGAGAAGGCCUUUCCAGAGCGCAGACUCAGAGGAGUGCUAGAGGAGCUCAGCAUCGGCUGCAGUCGGUUUGUGACUCUGGCUAACAAGGAUGUGAACCAGGCAGGCAGAACCAAACUUGAUCGAGAACGGCUCAAGUCCUGCAUGAGAGAGAUGGACAGCAUGGGCCAACAGGCCAAGCAGAUCCGGACUCAAGUGAAGAAAAACACCGUGAAAGACAAACUCAAGCUGGUGCAGAACUUCCUGCAGAGGCUCCGUUUCCUCGCUGACGAGCCCCAGCACAGCAUCCCAGAUGUUUUCAUCUGGAUGAUGAGCAACAACAAGCGCAUCGCUUACGCUCGGGUUCCUUCAAAAGACAUCCUGUACUCCAUAGUGGAUGAGGAAACUGGCAAAGACUGUGGAAAAGUCAAAGCUGUCUUCCUCAAGCUGCCCGGUAAGAAGGGCUUUGGUCAUGCUGGCUGGACAGUUCAGGCUAAGCUGGAGUUGUAUCUGUGGCUGGGCCUCAACAAGCAGCGGAAGGAUUUCCUCACUGGUCUGCCGAAUGGCUUUGAAGAGCUCAAAGCUACUAAAACGGGUCCUGGUCUUCAAUCUGUUCCCCCUGUCAGCCUCGUCUACAACAUGAAGCAGGUGUUUCAGCUCAGAGCCCACAUGUACCAGGCUCGCAGUCUGUUUGCUGCUGACAGCAGCGGUCUGUCAGACCCCUUCGCCCGAGUCUUCUUCUCCACACACAGCCAGGUUACUGAGGUUCUGAGUGAGACUCUUUGCCCUACGUGGGACCAGCUGCUGGUGUUUGAUGACGUUGAGCUGUUUGGUGAAGCCAGUGAGCUGAGAGAUGACCCUCCGAUCAUCGUAGUUGAAAUCUAUGACCAGGACACUGUGGGUAAGGCCGAAUUCAUAGGUCGGACGUUUGCAAAGCCCACCAUCAAGAUGUGUGAUGAACAUUACGGGCCCCCGAGGUUCCCCCCGCAGCUGGAGUACUACCAGAUCUACAGAGGGAACUGCACUGCUGGGGAGCUGCUGGCUGCCUUCGAGCUGCUGCAGAUUCCCUACGAUGCGGAGGAGAUCAGGCGAGCUCUGAUCGCCGUCCAUAACUUUGCUGUUCCUCAAAUAAAGAUUGGUCAAGGAGGCAGAGCUGACCUUCCCCCACUUGAAGGGCCAACAGACUCCGAGCGUGGACCCAUCCUCCCAGUGCCGCUGGGCAUCCGACCCGUCCUGAGUCGCUACCGCAUUGAGGUUUUGUUCUGGGGAUUAAGGGACCUGAAGAGGAUUAACUUAGCUCAGGUGGAUCGGCCUCGUGUGGACAUAGAGUGUGCAGGUAGGGGUGUUCAGUCGGCCCUCAUCCAGAACUACAAGAAGAAUCCCAACUUCAGCACCCUGGUCAAGUGGUUCGAGGUGGACCUUCCAGAAAACGAGCUUCUCCAUCCUCCUCUCAACAUCCGUGUGGUCGACUGCAGAGCGUUCGGCCGCUACAUCCUGGUGGGGUCCCACGCUGUGAGCAGCCUGAGACGUUUCAUCUACAGCACCCCAGACAAGAACUCCAACAACUGGGCUACUGCAGCUAAGCUAAUGAAUGGCUACAUGGUCCUAACCAAUGGCGGCUCCCAGCCCCGCUCCUCACCCAGCCUCUCUUCCCGCACCUUCUCUCGCCCCGCAGGUGACAUCGUCGUCAACAUGGACUCAGACCCUGGGGUCCGGAAGAUGGACACCGUGGUCAAGUUGGACGCUAUGUCUGAUGCUGUUGUAAAAGUUGAUAUGACGGAGGAAGAGAACGACAAAAAGAAGAAGAAGAAGAAAAAGAAGGGAGGAGUGGAGGAAGAGGAUGAGACGGACGAGAGGGUGUUGGACUGGUGGUCUAAAUAUUUUGCUUCAAUAGAGACUCUUAAGGAGACCCUCAGAGCUCAGGAGGCAGCUCAGGCAGAGGCGGAGGAGAGAGAGGACCUGGAGAUAGCGGCUGAAGCAGCAGACAUCAAACCCGAUGACCUUCUUCUGAAAGGCUCCAAGAUGAAGGAAAAGACCAAAGAGAAGAAGAGCUCGAAGGACAAGAAGAAGGGUCUGGCCGCUGAUGGAUCUGAGAGACGACCAGUUAAAACAAAAGUGGACGAGCUGGUGGUGUACAACAAGGAGCUGGAGACUGAGUACGGCAACUUUGAAGACUGGCUUCACACUUUCAACUUGUACAGAGGAAAGGCUGGGGAUGACGACGAACAUGCUCUGGAUGACGACAGGAUUGUUGGCAGAUUCAAGGGAUCCUUAUGCAUGUACAAACUCCCUCUGUCUGAGGAGAUCACAAGAGAGGCAGGAUUUGAUCCCAAUAUGGGAAUGUUCCAGAGCAUCCCGCAUAAUGAUCCAAUCAACGUCCUUGUUCGUGUCUAUGUCGUCAGGGCUACAGAGCUCCAUCCUGCUGAUAUUAAUGGGAAGGCUGAUCCGUACAUUGUCAUUAAACUGGGCAAGUCGGAGGUCAAAGACAAAGAAAACUACAUUUCCAAACAGCUCAACCCAGUAUUUGGCAAAUCAUUUGACAUCGAGGCCACGUUCCCCAUGGAGUCCAUGCUAACCGUGUCAGUGUACGACUGGGAUCUGGUUGGCACCGACGACCUGAUCGGAGAGACGAAGAUUGAUCUGGAGAAUCGUUUCUACAGCAAAUUCAGAGUUACCUGCGGCAUUUCAUCCAACUACUCUCUCCAUGGAUACAAUGUUUGGCGGGAUCCAAUGAAGCCCAGCCAGAUCCUGGCUAAGCUCUGUAAGGAAGGAAAGAUUGAUGGACCUCAUUAUGGGCCAGGAGGCAAAGUGAAGGUGGCCAAUCGAAUCUUUACGGGACCAACAGAGAUCGAGGAUGAAAACGGUCUGAAGAAGCAGACUGAGGAGCAUUUAGCUCUGGCAGUGUUGAACCACUGGGAGGAGAUCCCAAGAGUUGGCUGCAAGCUGGUCCCUGAACACGUGGAGACCAGACCCCUGCUGAACCCUGACAAACCCGGGAUCGAACAGGGCCGUAUUGAGAUGUGGGUGGACAUGUUUCCUAUGGACAUGCCUGCUCCUGGACCUGCGAUUGAUAUAUCACCACGGAAACCAAAGAGAUAUGAGCUCAGGGUGAUUAUUUGGAAUACAGACGAAGUAAUACUGGAGGACGAUGAUUACUUCACUGGGGAAAAGUCCAGUGACAUAUUUGUCAGGGGAUGGCUGAAAGGGCAGCAGGAGGACAAACAGGACACAGAUGUGCACUACCACUCACUGACAGGUGAGGGCAACUUCAACUGGCGCUUCGUCUUCCCCUUUGAUUACCUCAUGGCUGAGGAGAAGAUUGUAAUCUCCAAGAAGGAAUCCAUGUUCUCCUGGGACGAGACCGAAUAUAAAAUCCCUCCUCGUCUCACGCUGCAGGUCUGGGAUGCAGAUCACUUCUCUGCUGAUGAUUUCCUGGGUGCAAUUGAGCUGGACCUGAAUCGGUUCCCUCGUGGCGCCAAGACAGCAAAGCAGUGCUCCAUUGACAUGAUCCGAAAUGAGCAGGAGCUGCCCACCAUCUCCAUAUUCAAGCAGAAGAGGGUGAAAGGAUGGUGGCCGUUUGUGGCCCGCGAUGAGAACGAUGAGAUGGAGCUCACGGGGAAGGUUGAGGCCGAGCUCCACCUGCUGACAGCCGAAGAAGCAGAGAAAAGUCCGGUGGGACUUGGACGAAAUGAGCCUGAUCCACUGGAGAAACCAAACCGCCCAGACACCACCUUCCUGUGGUUCCUGAGCCCGCUGAAAGCCAUCCGCUACCUGGUGUGCAACCGCUACAAGUGGCUGAUCAUCAAGAUCGUGCUGGCCCUGCUGCUGCUCAUCAUGCUGGGCCUCUUCCUCUACAGCAUGCCGGGCUACCUGGUCAAGAAGCUGCUGGGGGCCUGAGUCACGGCUGGGAGGAUGGGGGUGGGACGGGUGGGGGGUGGCCAGCUGGGGGGGAGACCAGAGAGUAGAUGCACCCACAAGGAAGGAGAAAGAAAGCUGUCUCAUUUCCUUCUCUCUCAACCAGUCUAAGUCUUCACAACCAGCUCGCCACCUUCCACCUGAGCACCGAGGACAGAGGUAGACACCACCCGAACUGACUGUUUCCUUACACUCCCUAUACAAUGAGCUCUAACCAAUCUGCAACAAGCCGAACAAAUGUAACGCUCACUAUCUGAACUCCAUCCUUGAACUGACUAAACAGCAAUCACAUGCCACAAGUAACCCCUGAUCAAAUAUUUCUUUAUCCGUUUCUGCAGCUUUUAAUUUGCGUAUUGGGCCCCUGUCAGUGUCGGGUUCAGUGGUCAGAUGAUUGCAAGGACAUUCAUUUCAAGUGAUGCUAUAUGACCUCACAUUAAGCUACAGCUUCUGCUAUUCAUUUGGGUUAAUAGGGAACAAAUGGAGGACAUUUGUGGUAACACUUUGGCCUUCCCUUCCAUUUAGCAUUCAUAUAAACAUGGUUUGUAAUGUGAUAUAAUGUAGUUGUAGAUGGAUGUAAGGACAUUUUAAGUGAUUAUUGAUGAGCAUUUUUUGUCAAUAAUUCUAACUUCUAUGUGUUUUAAUAUGUUGUCAUGUGUUAUUUGUUUAUCUCCCAGCCUCAGGAAGUGUUACAGUUGCUGAAGAGUAAUAAUGUCUAUUUACAUCUACAUUAUAGAAUGUUAGAAACCAUUCAUGAAUGCUAAAUAGGGGGUUAAAGCAAAGUAUUACCCGUUUUUAAACUGUUAUAUCUCUUGCAGUCUUUGCACACUUGUAUAAGAAUAAUAAUGAAGAACUGAAAAAAAAAGAUGUCUAUUUUCCUAUGAAAUUCAAUGAGACGGAGAACAACAUACCUUCAAAAUUAAUCAAAUAAACAGUUUGUGGGGUUUAGUUAAACGGCAGAGUUAAAUAUUUAAUCAAAGCAACCAAGCCAGACUUAGGUUAGACAGUGUUUGCAAAUAGUUAUUUUUUUUCUUCCCAUUUCUAUAUGUGAAUUGCACAAGCACAAUUCAGUCGCUUAAUCAAUAUACUCAUGUUUCAGUGUAAUAGUCUAAAUGAUCUUUAAUCCACUGUCCUCACACACAAAAAACCUGCACAUGAGAAUGAAACUAAUUAUUUGCAAACAUCACUUGACCAGGUCUGUUUUCUAAGUCCUCCGAAGCAACAAACACUUAAAGGUUAUCACUGUUAUCGACCAAAAGCGAGGCUUCUGUGUGAAUAUGCAUGCAUCAUUGUGAUAACUGACCACAGAGGUCAUGUGUGUUGGCAUGACUUGUCUUUCCAGUUUGACACGAACCAAAUCACCAACCCUGUUUGUCUUUAACGUUAAUGUAAAGAUGAUCUCAUUGGAAUAAGAUUAAAGUGCACUUGAACAGAGCUGUGAAAAGGGUUGAAAAAACACGACCCUGUCUCCAUAUCAGAUGGCAGAUUGUGUGGUGUCCCCGUUAAACUUCGCCUGUGGUUGACCUCAUACGUGUUGCAGCCUUUGUUUGUGAAUCUGCGUUUCACCGAAUACAGUUAUUGUUUGCACUAAACUGAACUUGCCUGUUUUUACGAUGACUUUGUGUAUUUAUAUGUGUUGAAAUGCGUGCAAUAUUUAUUUUUUGUUUGUUUUGACAAUUUGAAAUAAACUGACUUCCACAGA